AUGUCAGAUUCCAACACAACCGAUUUCACCAACCCCUACACCUUCAUCCUGCUGGGCAUUCCUGGACUGGAGGCAGCCAAUGUCUGCAUCUUUUGUACCAUGUAUGCCAUAGCCAUUUUUGAGAACUUCACCAUCCUGUUCAUUGUGAAGAUGGACUCAAGCCUCCAUGGACCCAUGUACUAUUUCCUCUGCAUGCUGGCUGUCACCGACCUGGUCCUGUCUAUGUCCAUCCUGCUCAAAACACUGAUGAUGGAGUCUGGGAUCUUCAUGACCAUCGCUUUGGAUUGCUAUGUGGGCAUCUGUGAUCCCCUGAGCCAUUCUGCCACCCUGACAAACCCCACGGUGGCCAAAAUUGUCCCGGACAUAGUGCUACAUGGUGGCAUUCUCGUACUGCCCUAUACCUUCCUGGCGAGGUGGUGGACAUAUUGUAGAACAAACAUCAUCCCCCACUCGUACUGUGAGCACAGGGCUGUGGUGAAGCUGGCCUGCAUUGACACCCACAUCAGUAGUUAUUAUGGUCUCUCGGUGGCAAUUUGGGUGACUGGUCUGGAUGUGAUUUUUAUUGCCAUGUCCUAUAUCCAGAUCCUCAGGGCCAUCUUCAGCCUCUCCACAAAGGGCGCCCGGCUCAAGAAUUUUGGGACCUGCGGCUCCCAACUCUGCACCAUCUUAACCUUUUACAUCCUAGUUAUCUUCUCCUCCCUCACAGGGGUUGGUGUGGAAGAAGUGGAUCCUCCUCAGAAGAGGGAACACAAAGAGGUGUUUGAGUACGAUGCUGGACUCUGGGACAUGUCUGCUCUUACCAGGUUUUGA